AUGGGAUCGCUUGAUCUCUUUGAAGAUGCACAGCCGUUACGGGGCCAUAUCUCGUUAUUAAAGACGGUGCAGGAGACUCGAGCGGGGAAGGAUACAGCGGAGGCGUACGUUGCGGAGAUAAACGUCAAGUGUGCGAGCAAAGUGUUAAAGCUGCUGGACUCCAAGUUCCCCAAGGAUCCAUCUUUAAACCUGGCGCAUCUGCGUCGUUUCGUCAAGCCCGAGUUUCUACCGGAUUACCUGAAAAGGGAUGACUCGCACCCAGCAGCGGAGCCAGGAGUGACGGCUGAAUCCAAAGGCCCGCAAGCCAUUUACAUCCUCAUCCCACCGCCAUUGCCCGAGAUUUCCCUCCUGGAAACGCUCCUGGCACCAUACGCACCCGUCCCGAUUUCCACAGACUCUUCGACCGCUUCCGACAAAGACGCGGUACCACCAUCAACGCCAACACCAGCGUCCUCCCCGAUCCAAAUCCAAACAACGCACAUCCCUCUCUCACCACCAACCACAGAAGAAGAAUCAGCCACAUGGUCCCAAACUCUCUGGCCAACCAUUUUCAACCCCGCAGCUCACUCAAUCACGCACUCGCCCCGUGGCCCAUUAUUGCUAAAUGCGCAGGAAUCCGUGAGCCGCAGAGCGGGCAACUUCCUGGCUCUGGCGAGGAAGGUUGCGCUGGAGGCGAAGCGGACGGGUCGUGGGCGGGCUAUCGGGGCUGUGGUGGUUGAUCCGGCGCUGGCGGACGGUGCGGAGGCGUCGGAUAGGUUUGCUGGAGUUGUGGUUGUGGCGGGGGAUGGGAGGUAUUGGAAAGGGGAAGGUGGGGAGGAGGGAGGAUCAUAUAAUCCUGACCAUGAAGGGCAGCCGGAUCACCAUGCGCUGAUGCGCGCGAUAUCGCUGGUUGCUUAUAAACGUCUUACGGCUUCGACGUCGCCGACUGUUACGCCGUCGAUAUCUACAUCCCCAACGCCAACCCCAGCACCAGCGACUAUAUCAGCUCCUGCUCCUGCUCUUGCUCCACCACCACCACCCGCUGAACCCUCCUCAAUCUCCGAACCGCCGCCCAAAAAGCCCAAAACAUCACCACCCCCGGACUCCCAAUCCAUCAAAUUUACACAGAAACCACUUCCACCACCACAUCACCCUUCCCCCGAUCCACCACCCUCCCCCUUAGAAUCCCACUUCCUCUCCCUCCCUAACAUCCAAACUCGUGCACAAGGCGGUUACCUCUGCACCUCGCUAGACCUCUACAUAACCCAUGAGCCCUGCGUGUGCUGCGCGAUGGGCAUGCUGCUUUCGCGGUUCAGGGCUGUGGUGUAUUUGCAGCCGGCAGGGGAAGGGAGGGUGGAUGCGGCGCUGGAUCCAUAUACGGGGUAUGGGUUGCAUUGGAGGCAGGAGUUGAACUGGAGGGUUGUGGCUUUUCGGUUUUGUGUUGAGGGGGAGGAAAAUGGGAAGGGGAAGGAGGAGGGGUUGGAGGAGUUGGGCCUGGAGAGGGGGGUGUUUCAUGCUUGA